AUGCCGCCGAAGAAGGAUGUAAAGGAUAAUAUGGAAGAACAUGAGUCUCGUGAUGACUCACCGAAAAUAUCCUUCAGAGACAUCGAACAAUCGAUGACGACAUUUAGCGGAGACGAUACUUACCCGAUUUCAACAUGGUUCGACGAGUUUGAAGAUGUUGCGCAGUUGAUGGACUGGUCGGAAACUGAAAAGUUGAUUUAUGCUAAAAGAUUACUAACCGGAACCGCUAAACUAUUUCUACGAUCACUCGGAAGUGUACGGGAUUAUAAGAACCUGAAACAACAGCUUGAUGAAGAAUUUGGCGCUAAGUUGAACAGUGCCGCUAUACAUAAGAAACUUAGCUCAAGAAAAAUGAAAAAAGAUGAAACUUACCAGCAAUACUUUCUUCAUAUGAAAGAAUGUGCACUCCAUGGAAACAUUGAAGAUGCAGCACUUAUGGAAUAUGUCAUUGAUGGCAUUGAGGAUACUGAAACGAAUAAAGCAAUUUUGUAUGGUGCAUCGAACCUUAAAGAAUUUAGAAAAAAGUUAGACAUUUAUAAAACUAUGAAAGAAAAAUGUCAGAACCAGUCUAGCCCGUUGUCUACUCAACCAAUGAAGAACAAGACUAUGAAGAGAUGUUUUAAAUGUGGAGACCUUGAUCACCAAGCACCUGCAUGCACAAAAGGUAUUAAAUGUUUUAGGUGCAAUGAAUUUGGCCACAAAGGAACAGAAUGUAAUGACUCACCUAAGAAAGUGCUGAAUAUUCAAAAUGGUAAAACCAACAUUAAGAUUGAUGAAGAAGAUAAAGAAGUUAAAAUUCCAUACAAGAGAAUUAGAGUUAAUAAUUUUGAAAAGAUAGCACUAAUAGAUACCGGAAGCGAUGUUAAUUUAAUGAGAAUAUCUGAAGUUAUGAAAGUUAUUAAAGAUGAAUCUAAUUAUGACAAAGAUACUAUUACAGAACUUACUGGGAUAGCAGGAAAACGACUACACACGGAAGGACUUUUGAGCGCUAAAGUUGUGAUUGAUGAUUAUUAUACCGAUUUUAAAUUUUAUGUUGUACAAGAUAACUGUAUACCUGUUAGCAUUAUCCUUGGAAAUCCUCUUCUUAAAGAAUUUGAAGUCAAGUUUACUGCAAAGGGCGUUUAUCUAGAAAAAAAUCCUUGCAUGACACGAAUUGUUAAAGAAAAUCAUGCUAUUUAUAAAGAUCAUAACCCUGAAAAUAAAGCAAUUGCUAAAAAGAUUAAUAAAAUAUUUGAAGAAUAUAAGAAUGCAGAAAAGAAGAAAGAAAGUAAUAUUGAUAUAAAAUUAGUACUUACCGAUGAAGAUCCUAUCCGUCAGAGUCCACGUCCAUUACCUCCACUAGAAAGAACAUUACAUAAGAAAGACUUACUUGUAGCUCGUUGGGCUUCGCUCCUGGAAGAGUACAGUAAUGAAAUAGAACUUAAUAAUGCUGACGCAUUAAUUAGAAAUCCAGUGUGCACAAUGCAUACAAAGAUUGCUGCCCGUCAGAAGAAAGUACCAAAUGCACAUUUUGGAACUACUAAGAUUGAAGAACCUGUUAAUAGAGAUUCCUAA